GGAUAAUGGUGGCAUAUUGUCUCACAAUGUUGGCAUAGAGCAAGCAGCUCCUCACUACACCCAACCACACAACUUCAAGGCGGGUUCGGCACUGCUACAUGGUGGGUGCUUUCCGUAUUGCUCACCAUUUGUUAACUUAUAAAUGCCACAACAAAAGCCUUAUACAACUCAGGCAGUAUGAUAUAUACAAUUGUGUCGUUGUUUACAGCGUGGUCUGCCUUGUCGAAUCUGAUGCCCAGCAAGCAUUCCCGGACUGACCCGCCGAAGUGACCCGUCGGCUGGAUCCGAGGUCCUCAUCAACCAAUCUAAUCCACGCAGCAGCCAUGCGAAAGACGUCAGAUCUUCAUCCUGCAGCUUGGUUCAGAUGACUCACAUUCUCUCCGUUGAGAUGAAAUAGACCACCGAUUCGAUAUCAGUGAAACUUCGAUCUCCAAGUUAGUGUGUGUCUUCAGGAACUGACAAAUUUCGUAAGAUUCCAUCUCCAAUGUCGGCCUCAAUAACCGCCCGCAGCGCUGUGUCCGAAGAUGAGAUCAAUCUAGCCAGCACCAUGCCUGGCUUGACAGCCAUUUCCAUAGUUUCGACUACCAAUGCCCCCCACCCCCUCCCCCCUGAAAUACUCUCAAAACCUAGAGAUUUACUUCCAUUUGUCAGGAAAUCCACCAUCAUCGUGGCGGCCUCCUUUGUCAUCAUCUUCACCUGCUGUGGUCUCAACUUCGCGUGGGGUGUUUACCAAGCCCUGUAUGAGAGUCUGGCACGGAAGCCCGGAACACCUUUUACCGGAGCAUCGCCGGCAGAGAUCGAUCUGAUUGGUACCAUCUCAGUGUCCCUGAUGACCAUCGGAGGGCCUUUCGCGGUCGCUUGGGCAAAACGCUUCUCGCCUCGUUUGGUCUCCUUUGCGGGCGGCUUUGUCUUCGGGCUUUCUCUCAUCCUGGCCAGCUUCGGCACGAAGUUGUGGCAUUUCGAGCUGACGCAAGGGCUGCUGAACGGCAUUGGUACCUGCUUGUGCUACAUGAUACCAGUCACCAUUGCCCCCACGUGGUUUACCCAUCACAGAGGCCUAGCUAUGGGCAUCAUCUUAUCAGGCACUGGUGUGGGUGGUCUGGUGUGGGCGCCCGCGCUGACUUCGUGCGUUAACGCCCUCGAAUUUCGCAACACCCUGCGCCUGACUGGCGGUCUGUCGUUCGCGCUGGUCGCGGUCGCUAGCGGGGCAAUGGCCUGGGAGCCAGCCAGCCAGCGUCGUAUCGCAAUUGAAAAUGCCUCGAGAACCAGUCGUGUGGAUGGUGUUCUGAACGUGCCGCUAGUGGACUGGCGCGUUGCCCGGACGCGUCGUUUUAUGGCCCAGGCCUUAGGCGCAAUAUUCCAGGCGGCUGCAUAUUACACCCCGGUCUUCUUCUAUGCUUCGUACGCCCAAUCCCUUGGAUACAGUACCACAGCCAGCUCCAACUUCAUUGCCCUCAGCAAUGCCUGUAACGCAGUGGGCAAAAUCGUCAUUGGCCAUGUGGCCGAUCGUCUGGGUCGAUUAAAUGCUCUUCUGCUCACCACUUGCCUUAGUGCCAUCGCUACCGUUGCCUUCUGGUUACCAUCCACUUUGACCGGUCAGACGACGCAGUCGCAGGGUCUAUUUAUCACGUUCACCAUUCUCUAUGGCACCUUCGCCAGUGCGUAUGUAUCACUCUUCCCGACCAGUCUUGUGGAGCUGUUUGGGGUACAGAAUUUUGCCUCCGUCAACGGUGUUUUGUAUAUGGUUCGUGGCAUGGCCACCAUGGUCGGUACCCCGGUUGGUGGUGUCUUGGUCAGAAGUGCGGCCAAUGCCCUCACCCCGAAGGCGUACGAGAACAUGUCAGUACUGGUCAGUGCCCUUCUGUUUGCUGCCACCGCUGCAAUAGUUUGGGUGCGCUUGGAGGCAAUGAUUGGGCCCGAUGGACAUAUGCUCUGGAAAUGGCGACAGUAGCAGCUGUAGUCUGUGUGACAUCUUUCGGGUACCUAGAAACCAUAAGGCCACCCCGGAGUUGCGACAGCCCUCGUGGGUAAUCCAAACUGUAUGUAUUGAAACCCAUGAUGUAUCUUAACCACCAUCUCAACUCCAAUGAACUUGAUGUUUUCUGAAAAUUCGUUCCUUUUGUGGAUGGCCUCGUCAUGUAUGACUUGGGCGCACGGUAUCUAUGGCCGUUGGUUGAAGGGAGACGCUACUGCCACACCGGCCAUGCUGCCUUCACACCAGCUUUCGCUCAUGCCACAUCCUCCGCCCACCUCUGCCGGCAAAGCGUGUUCCAUAAAGAGUAAGGCUUGCCUGUUAGUACAGGCAGAACCCUCCCCAUGAUCUUGAUAUAGAGAUGUUAAACUGCUGCCUCGGGCGCAGAUAACUUAAAGUGACGGGCGAGAAGGAUUCUACCUGCACUAGAAUAAG